UGCACUGUGUAUUGUCUUUAAUAGAAUAACAAAUACCCUGCAAUUAUUUCUGAAAAGGUUUUCACAAGACUAUGCUUGUGCUCAAGCAUACCAAAUAAGUUAUGUAAGGUUAGAUUAAGUUUUAGUGAAAAAACAGCUAUCUGUUCUCUGCUAUAAGCAAAUAUAGAACUUUAGCUGCUUGCACAACUUGUAGUGUUUCUUAUGUUUAACAAAUGAAGGUCGGUGUUUUAUGAGCUGACACUAUUCUAUUUACUGAUUCAUAAACGUUGUAUGUAUAAUUAGAGAGUUGGACUGGCUCAUUUAAACUGGCUCAGAGGGAAUGAUUAACACGCAGGAAAUAUAUUGUUUGCAUACCUCUCAUUUCUAAACACAGCUCUUGAAUUACACAGUCGUCUUGAUUUGCUUGAAAGCACUUGAAGAAACAAACAGAUAUGGCUACGGCAGGACAAGUCAUCAAGUGCAAGGCAGCAGUAACAUGGGAGCCCAAUACACCAUUUUCUAUUGAAGAGAUAGAAGUAGCUCCCCCUAAAGCCCAUGAAGUUCGCAUCAAGAUGGUGUCCACAGGCAUCUGUCGCUCAGAUGAACAUGCACUUAGUGGAAAGCUCACUGAUGUGGUUUUUCCAGUUGUGAUUGGACAUGAAGGAGUUGGUAUUGUGGAAAGCAUUGGUGAAGGAGUAGAGGGUAUAAAGCCAGGAGACAAGGUGAUCCCGCUGUUUGCACCCCAAUGUAACCAGUGCAAGUGUUGCAAAGAUUCAAGGAGUAAUCUCUGCCUUUCAGCCAGCUUAAGACAACCAAAAGGACUAAUGGCUGACGGCACAAGUAGAUUUACCUGUAAAGGCAAACAACUCCAUCACUUCGUAAAUACCAGCACGUUUACUGAGUACACUGUUGUAGAGGAAAUUGCUGUGGCAAAAAUUGAUGAUGAUGCUCCUUUGGGUAAUACCUGCCUGAUUGGUUGUGGUUUCUCUACUGGAUAUGGGUCUGCAUUAAAUACAGCCAAGGUACAAGAAGGCUCUACUUGUGCAGUGUUCGGUUUAGGGGGGGUGGGCCUUGCUGUUGUCAUGGGUUGCAAAGCAGCUGGUGCUUCCCGUAUCUUUGGAAUAGACAUCAAUGAGGACAAGUUUGAAAAAGCAAAGGAAUUAGGAGUAACUGAUUGCAUCAACCCCAAAGAUUCUGACAAACCUAUUCAGCAAGUGCUUCUGGAACAGACUGGUGGGGGAGUGGACUACGUCUUUGAGUGCGUUGGAAACAUUGAGAUUAUGCUAGCAGCCCUACAAUCAAGUCAUUUUGCAUAUGGAACUACAGUUAUAGUUGGAGUAUCUGCUGUAUCCUCUACCAUCACCUUUGAUCCAAUGAUUAUGUUAACUGGACGUACACUAAAAGGCUCCGUCUUUGGAGGAUAUAAGAGUAAAGAUGCCGUCCCUCAGUUAGUGUCUGACUACAUGGCUAAAAAGUUUGACCUGGACAAGCUGGUAACACACAAUCUGCCUUUUGAGAAAAUCAAUGAGGGAUUUGAGCUUUUGCGUACUGGGAAAAGGGACAUCUCCGCUGCGCACUCCUGUGAAUCCCAGACUCCGAAGAUUAACAGCAUAAUGAUUAAAGACACGGACAUAACUAUAAGGGUCUCAAUUGAAACUGAGCCCACAACUCGAGGGCAAACAGUACUGGUAUUACUAAACCUGCAUUAUGUCUGGCUCUCUGUGUUCCACCACCUGCAAACAAGGCUCACACAGCAAAAGAACACCUUCUAUUUGGAGAAACAAUGGACAGCAAUGGGGGCAAAAUUUCCCCCUCAUAUGCAAAUUGGUAUCUGGGAUAUUUUGAGAUGGAAAAGAUAUUUAAUCUGCACAAUCCUUUUAGGGAAAAUUUGGUCUUUUAUACACGAUUUAUAGAUGACAUCUUUGUUGUUUGGAAGGGGGACCAAUCUCUUAAUGAUAAUAUGGGCAAUCUUCAAUUCACUUACACUUGUUCCUGCAAAUAUGUCAUCUAUUUAGAUUUGAAUAUAUUAAAAUAUCAUUUUGAUAGGA